GAAAGCCGAGGUGUAGCUCGGCGGAAGGGGGCCGGGCGUCUCCACAUCCCCGCCCACAUGGGCCCCCGCAGGUGCCCCCGGGGUUGCCCCUUCGCUUCAGAUCUCCGCUCUCACACCGGGGCCGCCCUUGCCACACCAGUGCCGCGACUUUCUGCCCCUUCCCGACUCUCCUGCCCCAGUUUCCCUCUGGAGUCUCUGGACUCCCCACCCCCUCCCGCUCCCAUCCCCUUUCCUGGACCCUGCCCUCCGGGCAUCUCCGGCGGCCCACCCCUUCUUCAUAGGUUCUUUUCUUCCACCUGCGGUGUGGCUUGUCUCUCUUGCUGCCCUGUGCACCCCUUCCACACCACCCCAGACCUCUUGCCCUGUCUCCGCCGAAGUUGUCCUCGCAUCCUUUCCCCCCCAUUAUAGUUCCUCUUUUACUAACGCCCCCUCCCCGGCCCCAUUCACUUGCUUCCCUGUAGACCUGAUACAGCAGGGCGUGGCCGGAAUUGCUCCUGUUUGGCGAAUUCUCCUGGCGGCUGGUAUUCCUCACUAGGCCACAGAGAUGAAGCAGAUUUGGGGUGCGUGAGAUGGCUGCUGACAUUUCUGAGGCCGGCGGGCAGGACUGCAGAGGCGACCCCAGGGGCAAUCCCAAAUCCGACGCAGAUUACCCCCUGCGAGUCCUUUACUGCGGAGUGUGUUCAUUACCAACAGAGUACUGUGAAUAUAUGCCCGAUGUUGCUAAGUGUAGACAGUGGUUAGAGAAGAAUUUUCCGAAUGAGUUUGCAAAACUUACUGUAGAAAACUCACCCAAACAAGAAGCUGGAAUUACUGAAGGUCAAGGGACGGUGGGGGAAGAGGAAGAGAAGAAGAAACAAAAGAGAGGUGGAAGGGGUCAAAUAAAACAAAAAAAGAAGACCGUGCCACAGAAGGUCACGAUAGCCAAAAUUCCCAGAGCGAAGAAGAAAUACGUGACGAGGGUGUGUGGCCUUGCAACUUUUGAAAUUGAUCUUAAAGAAGCACAAAGAUUUUUUGCUCAGAAAUUCUCCUGUGGUGCCUCAGUGACAGGGGAGGACGAGAUCAUCAUUCAGGGAGAUUUUACGGACGACAUCAUCGAUGUCAUUCAGGAGAAGUGGCCAGAGGUGGAUGACGAUAGCAUCGAAGAUCUGGGAGAAGUGAAGAAGUGAUUUCGAAACUUUGUCUGUAUUUAAUGGUCUGAACUGAGAGUCAAUAUAGCCAAAGGGGGAGAGGCCUUUUGAAAAAAAUAUAUAUUUAUCCUACAGUCAAACUGUAGACUCCUCUCGCCCUUGGCAUUUUCACUGUUCUGUACAAGGCUGCUUGUUUUUUUUAUUGCCAAAGUCUAAUAAACAGGGGAGACUGUCAUGCUGAUGCAUGAAAUAGAAUUUAGUCAAAUAAAAACUUUUGGUCACUUGGUA